AUGGCUUCUGUCGGUUCAGCACUGGUAACCUGUCUCCUCUUCCUUCUAAUGUCCUCCUCCAAUGCCUCCGCCACUUCUAUGAACGCGAGCUCCGCCAAGUCCAGGAUUCAGUCUCUGUGCCAGACCACCCCGUACCCGGCCGCCUGCCUCGACUCCCUGAAGCUGUCCGUCUCCAUCACCAUCAACCCCUCUAUCCUCUCCCUGGCCCUCCGCUCCCUCCAGGCCGCCAUCUCCCAGGCGACCAAGCUCUCCUCUCUGCUCUCCUCCGCUGGCCGAGACGGCGCCCUAGUCGAGUCCCAGCGCAGCUCCCUCAGGGACUGCCAGGACCUGCACCAGAUCACCGCUGCCUCCCUCCAGCGCUCGGCCGGUCUAGUCGAGCCCGAUGCCCGCAAGCUGGCCGACGCCCGGGCCUACCUCUCCGCCGCGCUCACCAACAGAGCCACCUGCCUCGAGGGCCUCGCCGGAGCCCGGGGCCCGCUCAAGGACACGCUCGUCGACUCCUGGGUCGCCGCAUACGCCCACGUCAGCAACUCCCUCUCCCUCGUCACCCGCUCCGGGGACCGCAAGGGGCGGCGUCUCUCCUCCUCCUCCUCCUACAACCGCCGCGGCAGCGAGGGCAGGGGGUUCCCGGCGUGGGUACGGCGCAGGGAGCGGCGGUUGCUGCAGGACGGCCACUAUGGCGAGGUCGACCCGGCUUCGGUGGUCACAGUGGCACCGGACGGUACGGGGAACUUCACGACGGUGGCCGAGGCGGUGGCCUGGGCGCCGAGCUACUACGACGGCCGCACCAUCAUCCUGGUGCGGGCGGGGGUGUACGAGGAGAACGUGGAGAUCCCAGGCGAUAAGACCAACAUCGUCCUUAUCGGCGACGGCAGAGACGUCACCGUCAUCAGAGGGCAUCGAAGCGUCGGCGACGGCUGGACCACCUUCGCAUCAGCCACCGUAGCGGUAUCCGGUCAAGGAUUCAUGGCGCGAGACAUCGCGUUUCAGAACGUGGCCGGCCCGGCGAAGGGCCAGGCUGUGGCCCUCCGAGUGAACGCCGACCUGGUGGCACUGUACCGAUGUGCCAUCGACGGACACCAGGACACGCUCUACGUCCACUCCUUCCGGCAGUUCUACCGGGAGUGCGACAUCUUCGGCACCGUCGACUUCAUCCUCGGCAACGCCGCCGUCGUCUUCCAAGGCUGCAACAUCGUGGCCAAGAGGCCCGCCUCGGGGCAGUACAACGUGAUCACAGCGCAGUCCAGAGACGACCCGAACGAGGACACCGGCAUCGCGAUACAGAACUGCACCAUUCUGGCGUCCGACGAGCUUGCUUCCGGCAACCAGGUGGAGGUAAAGACCUUCUUGGGCAGGCCGUGGGCUAUCUACUCGACGACGGUGUACAUGGAGUCGUACAUGGACGGCCACGUGGAUCCGGCGGGGUGGGUGGAGUGGUCCGGCGACCAAGGGCUGGACACGUUGUAUUAUGGAGAGUACAUGAACAGCGGGCCGGGCUCGGCCACCGACAGCCGUGUCACCUGGCCUGGUUACCACGUGAUGGACUAUGAUGAUGCCUACAGCUUCACGGUCUCACAGUUCAUCGACGGCGACGAGUGGCUGGAAUCUACCGCAUUCCCUUACGAUAAUGGUAUUUGAUUCUUUGGCCCAGUUGGGGUCUCGUUCACCUGUAAAUGACGUAUCUAUCGCAAC